UUGAUGACUAUUCAUACUCGUAGUAUACUGGAUUUUAUUUCAUAAUACUAGACCGAUGCCCGUCGGUUACCUUUGCCUGCGGACUUGCAGAGUGAGAUCAUGGGAAUUUCACGAUAAUGGUUACCGAACGACGCAUGCUCUCUCUGCAGAGUAUAUGAUGACUAAUCUCUAAAGAUGCUGACGUGUCGGCUAUAAAGAUAGCUCCUCAUCCCCAACGUUGUCGAUUCAAAUCACAAGUACGAGUACUGCACAACCAUCCCGAUAGGUCAAGAUGGCUUCAACAGAAAUCCCCACCACUAUGCGAGCAUGGACCCAAAAUGAGUCCAAUUGGAUCUCCAUCAGCAAUGUCCCGGUCCCUCCAGUGGAAGACAACCACGUGCUCGUCAAAGUCCAAUACGUAGCUCAAAACCCAACCGACUGGAAAAGCGCCCUCUACAUAUCCCCUCCAGGUGUCAUCGUUGGCUGCGACUACGCCGGCACCGUCAUCAAACUCGGACCCAACCUGAAAACUCCCCUCAAAAUAGGCGACAAGAUCGCAGGGUGUGUCAAAGGCGGAUCGUCAAAUGCCGAAGGGUCGUACGCUCAGUACGCGGUGGUGGAGAGCGAUAUGUGCUUUGUCGUUCCUGAGGGGAUACCUCUGGAGGAGGCUGCGACGUUUGGGAUUGGGUACAUGACUGCCGCUCAGGCUGUCGUAUACAGUCAGGGCAAAGCACUCCCACCAGGCGAUACCAAAGUGUCUGGGAACUCUUGGUAUAUCGUCUAUGGCGCCUCAGCCUCUGUCGGCUUAUUCGCCACAUCCCUCGCCAAAGCUCUAGGUUACCGUGUCCUUGGCAUCUGUUCUCCCCACUCAUUCUCACUUGUGAAAUCGUAUGGCGCUGACGCUACCAUCGAUUACCACAAUCAAUCCCAAGCCAUCUCAGAGGCGUUGGAUCUGACAGACGGAGGGGUGGAGUUUGCGUUGGAUGCGAUUUCAGAAGGAGACAGUUUUAGGAAUAUUGUUAAGAUGAUGGGCCAGAGGGGAAAGCAGUUGAAUGUUAUGCUGCCAGUACCGGACGACGUGCGCAAGAUUAACCCGGAGCUCAAGAUUGAGUUCACAGGAGUGAGAACUUUAUGGGGCGCUGAGUUCAAAUUUGGUCUUCGUGACUCUGAGAAAUCUACCUGGCCUGCCGAUCCGAAUGGCAGAGUGUUCGGUGAGGAAUUGUUCCGCAAAACGCCAGAGCUUGUCGCAAAGUAUGGGAUCAAGCCCAACCCUGUCAAGAUUAGAGGUGGAUUCGAAGAUAUAGGAGCAGGGUUGGAAGAUUUGAAGGAUGGAAAAGUUUCGGGACAGAAGCUGGUGCUCAAAGUCGCAUAAACCUCUCGCUAUCUGUUUGCCUGAUAACUCAGCAUACGAUAAUAUUCAAUGGCAAUACAGCUGUUGUCGGAAGAUGAAAACAAGUGAUUAUAUUAUGAUUUGGAAUUCCUUCUUAGCACCCACGCUGGUCACUACGACUUGUUCCUAACCGCCUGGUUGCCAGAUCGCUACCGACUUCUUUUUGUUCAUUUGUUCUCGUUUC